AUGACCCAGCUGUGCAGCUCUGACACCCACCUCCUCCUGGGCCUCCUCUUCCAUGACUUGCUAUCCUUGUGCUCCUUCUUAGCCUCCCAUCCCCUCCACUUGGCUUACUUCCUCUUCUUCUUCCCUUACCUUUUCCGACUUCUCUCAUUCUUCUACCCACUCCUCCUCUCCACCUCCCUCCUCCUCCUCGUCCUCCUCACCAUCUCUCCCCAGCUGGAUGAUCCCCCUCGCGCACCGCCCGGAUUACUUCGAAACACUUGCUCCAUUGUCUUCCACCUUCUCAAGGCAAAGCUUGAAAGCCAUGCCCCUGUCGAGCUACUAGACCAACUGGCCUCGAUGGUUCUCGCACCAAUGGACGACGCAGGCCCAUACUUCCAAGUGCCUGUCAUGCCGGCGUUGGUUGGUGCAGAGGUGUUUGAGCUGCAGUUCGGAACCAUGGGCGACUUCUGCAAUCCUUCUAGUGUAGUAGUAAGUUGUGCGGUAGAAGAGAUCCCAAGUAAGCCUGGUCUGGAGAAUUCUCAAAAGGGUGAACUUUUGGCUUCCAAUUAUGGAAUUGGAGAGAACCCACUCAUGGAUCCUAAAGAGAAUGAGCUUUUGGUACCCCAUUCCGACGGUACACAGUUAACCAACAAAGUUGCCGAAGAUUCGUCGACAGCUUUUGAGCCUGAAAACUCAUGCAGGAUGCCUGAGCCGGCUGCUGACAGUGUAGGAGGAGAACUUAUGAGAUCCACUUCAAGGAGAAGAAGACAGAGUACAAGCAGAGGUUCGGAUGGCCUUCAAAGAGAUAAUUCUAUGAGAAAAGAAAAAGAGUGGAAGAGGACAUUAGCUUGCAAGCUUUACGAGGAGCGUAUGACGUAUAAGCUAUGCGAGGAGCGAACGGUUGCUGAAGGAGGUGAAGAGAUGGAUUUGCUUUGGGAGGCUUAUGAGGUGAAUGCUUCCAAGGAUGGUAAGUUGAUGAGCAAUGGAAGAAAAGGAAAGAAAGAUGAGCAGGAAGAGGAAGAUGAAGGGACAGUUGGGCAGCUGUGUUGCUUACAAGCAUUGAAACUGUCCGCAGGAAAGAUGAAUUUGGGAGUUGGGAGGCCUAAUUUAGUGAAGAUAUCCAAGGUCUUAAAAGGGAUGGCAAUGUUUAAGCGUGUGGGCAGGCAUAGUAGCAGAAAGGAAUGA